AUGGGAAGUGAGAUAGACAGUGAUUUUGAACCAGAAAAAGAUAAUGUCAUCAUCAUGAAAAGAAAGCCUGGAAGUGCCCUUGAUGUUCCAGUGGUCUCUAACCUUGAAAUCCCAUUCUCAGUACAGACAGUCAUCUCUAGGAUUGAAAAAGCACAGCUCCUACGAGCUAGAGAGGACAUUAAUAUGCAACUGACUGAAAUAAUGAACAAUGUGCAUCGGAUAAUAACCCGCUAUUCUCAUACUGAUCCUACCUCACCAACUGAAAGAAGGAAGUCCCUUACAGAAAAUACGAGAAAACGAAGAAACAAUUUUUUGGAGAAAGUGACUGCUCAUUCUAAGGCUGUUGAAGUUAGAGAAAAUAUCCUUAACUACAUUCUGGCCUGGUUGGAAGAAUGGCAUGGCAUUUUGUCUUCAAUGACUGCAAUGGAUAUUGAAGAACAUCACCACUGGAUAGCACAAAUGCAGAUGUUACCAGAAACACUAAAAGCUAUUGAGAACAAUGUCAAGAUACUGUGUAGAAUCAGUACAACUUUGCUUGAAGAAAAGAGGAAACAAAAGAAAAGAACACAAUCUAGAAGUACUUUAUGGAAACCUUGGAAAGAAAGAGUUGCAAAGCGACCUGCGACAGCCCAUGCCUUAAGACCAGAUCAGAUGAUUAGCGAUCAAUAUUCAACAAAUAGAAAGGUUUCAGAAAUUCAGGAUAUGCUUCAGGAACUCGCAGGCACAACAAUGUUCAAUAAGUUGGAAAACAAUGCUAUUAAAUAUAUAUCAUCAACAAUAUCCAACCUUUCUAAAGCCUUGGGUAUGCUAAGUGACGAUUUAAAGGCUACUGACUUCCCAAUUGGCAAUUUGUAUGUAGAUGAAAUAAGAGAAGCAGAUAAAGAACUCUCUAACAAAAUAAUACAUGGUCUCAGUGAACAAAAUGAAAUGCUUCAGCAGAGACUUAAAGAUGUAGAAGAAAAAUUUGAACAACUUAUUCAAUCCAAAACUAUUAAAGGAGAACAACUACCUACAGCAUUGCCCACAUCUUCAACCUUAAAAGUAUUAUCUGAACUUUCUCCACAGUCAUCCAUGACUAAAGCUGGUGACAUGGAGGACACUGUGGACAGUAUUUUAAGCAAAGAAUUUGAAAAUGUUUUAGAUGAAUCCCAAAGAAAAGGAAUAAAAGGUGCUGGGAUAAAGUGGGAUGCACCUCUUUCAUUUACAGCCCAAGUUGAAGAAACCCCAGAGCUAACUGAAGAGCCUGAUAAAGAUACUACUGGAGAUGAUAUAUCACCAAAGAAAGAUGAUGACCAUCCUAAAGUUCAAACUGACCAGCAUCCAUCACAGAAAAUGCACACAAAAGACCCACAUUCACAUGAGGUCUCUGAAUCAAAUCUGAGUGAUGGUAAAGGUGAACAGAAAGUCUCAAAGGACAAACCUGGUCAACAAUUUGAGCUACAAGCACUGGAAAAGAAGAGAAAAGAAAGAAAAUCCUUUUCUCAAGGCAAAUCAAAGCCAUCCAUUGAACCAAAAAGUCAACAUGUCUCUUCUAUUGAAACCAAGAGCCCAGAUGGCAAAAGUGGAACAAGGAGUACGUUGGAGCAAGUCAGAAAGGUCAAACCUGAACAAGUACUUGAAAAAGCCUCGACUUCCUCAGAGAUUAAAUCAGACUCCUCUAGUGAGUCAGUGGGCAAAGAGAUCAAAAGCAAAAGGAGUAGAUCAACAGAGGCAGCAGAGGAUGAUUUCACCUCUGAGCCACAGAAAGUUGAAACAGAAGAAAAGAAACCCCAAAUCUUUCCAGUAAGGAGCACAAGCAAAGAAGGAACAAUCGAAGAGAAAGAAAUGUUAUCCUUUAUCAAACAAACCCAGCCUCAACAACUUGUUAAAUCACACUCAAAGACCACUAAAGAGGAUUUAGGAAGUCCAGAUGGCAAGAGAGAACAAGGUAACCUAGAAUUAUUUCAAAAAGCCAUUCUGGCUUUCCUGAAAGAGAAAAUUGAUAAUACAGGAAAGCCUUUUGGUAAAGAGAGUGUGCUAAAGGAGGAAAAGUUAUUAAAAAAAGAAGAAGUUGAAAAGUUAGGAAUUAUAAAGUCAAAGACAGAGGAAUAUUUCCAAAAAGUGGCUGAAACUGUGACUAAAAUCUUGAGGAAAUACAAAAAUAUAAAAAAUGAAGGACAAGUUGAAGAUAAAUCUUCGAAACAAAAAAAAAUUGUCUCAUUUAUGCCAGAGUCACAUUUUCAGAAGUCAAAAUCCACUAGUGCAAAAUCUGAAAUUAGCUCAAUUCUCGAAAAUGAGAGCACAGACCCAUUAAUUAAUAAUUUAAUACAAAUGAUUGUGACUGAAUUAGAAAGAGAAAGGUAUGUUCCAACAGUUGUGGAAGGGGAAGACCACAAGGAGAAAGGAAAAAAGAAGCAGAAGGAUUAUUUGCCAGAAGAUCAAGAAAAAAUACCUGGCAUGCAUGAGCCACAGAAACCGAAACGGGGGCAGGAAGAAGAGGUAUGGAAGGACCGGCAAAAACAGAGAACUCAAAAGUGGAUUGAGCAAGAUGGGAAGGAAAAUCAAAGGAAAAGGGAGAAAGAAGAGCAGCAGCAAAUAAGGCAGCAGCAGUUGGAACCAUGGAAGCAAAUGAUGAAAGAACGAGAGGUGCCCUUGGAGAAGAAGAGUGAAGAGACAACGUGGCAGAUUCAGAAGGAAGAAGGACUUCAGGAGCUGGCAAUUACAGGGGAGAAAGACAAGAGGCAGAGCAGAGGGACAGAAAACUUCAAAAGGCAGAGGCAGAACAAAGAAAAGGAUAAGAUAGAGAAGAAAAAAUCUGUAGAGCUAAUACAAAUGGUCACCCAAAGUCCAGCGACAUCAUCUCCAAGGAGGAGGAAGACAUUGAAAUAUGAAUCCCAGCUAUAUGAAGAUCAAAAGAUCGAAAGGAAUCUUGAGACAUUAGAGAGUCUUCCUGAAGAAGAGAGUCCCAUACCAGUCACUCCUCCCACCUCCAGACGAUCUUCCCUAACCAGCACCCUUCCUGCUUUUGAUGUAUCUCUCACAGAGUACACCACUCUGACUCCCGAGCAGGCCCAGGAGCUGGGGAUCACUCUCACCCCUCAGCAGGCAGAGGCACAAGGGAUCACUCUUACUCCUCAGCAGGCCCAUGACCUGGGGAUCACUCUCACCCCCCAGCAGGCCCAGGCCCUGGGGAUUACUCUCACCCCUCAGCAGGCCCAGGCCCUGGGGAUCACUCUCACCCCCCAACAGGCCCAGGCAGAGGGGAUCACUCUCACCCCUCAGCAGUCCCAGGCACAGGGGAUCACUCUUACCCCUCAGCAGGCCCAGGCACAGGGGAUCACUCUCAUCCCCCAGCAGGCCCAGGACCUGGGGAUCACUCUCAACCCUCAGCAGGCAGAGGCACAAGGGAUCACUCUCACCCCUCAGCAGGCCCAGGACCUGGGGAUCACUCUUACUCCUCAACAGGCCCAGGACCUGGGGAUCACUCUCACACCUCAGCAGACAGAGGCACAAGGGAUCACACUCACCUCUCAGUGUGCCCAGGACCUGGGGAUCACUCUCAACCCUCAGCAUGCAGAGGCACAAGGGAUCACUCUCACCCCUCAGCAGGCCCAGGACCUGGGGAUCACUCUCACCCCUCAGCAGGCAGAGGCACAAGGGAUCACUCUCACCCCUCAGCAGGCCCAGGACCUGGGGAUCACUCUCACCCCUCAGCAUUCCCAGGACCUGGGGAUCACUCUCACCCCUCAGCAGGCCCAGGCACAGGGGGUCACUGUCACCCCUCAGCAGGCCCAGGCCCAGGGGAUCACUUUCACCCCUCAGCAGGCCCAGGACCUGGGGAUCACUCUCACCCCUCAGCAGUCCCAGGUACUGGGGGUCACUCUCACCCCUCAGCAGGCUCAGGACCUGGGGAUCACUCUCACCCCUCAGCAUUCCCAAGUACUGGGGAUCACUCUCACCCCUCAGCAGGCCCAGGACCUGGGGAUCACUCUUACCCCUCAGCAGGCCCAGGACCUGGGGAUCAUUCUCACCCCCCAACAGGCCCAGGACCUGGGGAUCACUCUCACCCCUCAGCAGUCUCAGGACCUGGGGAUCACUCUCACCCCCCAGCAGGCCCAGGCACAGGGGAUCACUCUCACCCCCCAGCAGGCCCAGGCACAGGGGAUCACUCUCACCCCCCAGCAGGCCCAGGCACAGGGGAUCACUCUCACCCCCCAGGAGGCCCAGGCACAGGGGAUCACUCUCACCCCUCAGCAGGCCCAGGCACAGGGGAUCACUCUCACCCCUCAGCAGGCCCAGGCACAGGGGAUCACUCUCACCCCUCAGCAGGCCCAGGCACAGGGGAUCACUCUCACCCCUCAGCUGGCCCAGGCACAGGGGAUCACUCUCACCCCUCAGCAGGCCCAGGACCUGGGGAUCACUCUCACCCCUCAGCAGGCCCAGGCACAGGGGAUCACUCUCACCCCUCAGCAGGCCCAGGCACAGGGGAUCACUCUCACCCCUCAGCAGGCCCAGGACCUGGGGAUCACUCUCACCCCUCAGCAGGCCCAGGCACAAGGGAUCACUCUCACCCCUCAGCAGGCCCAGGCACAGGGGAUCACUCUCACCCCUCAGCAGUCUCAGGACCUGGGGAUCACUCUCACCCCUCAGCAGGCCCAGGCACAGGGGAUCACUCUCACCCCUCAGCAGGCCCAGGCACAGGGGAUCACUCUCACCCCUCAGCAGGCCCAGGCACAGGGGAUCACUCUCACCCCUCAGCAGGCCCAGGCACAGGGGAUCUCUCUCACCCCUCAGCAGGCCCAGGCACAGGGGAUCACUCUCACCCCUCAGCAGGCACAGGACCUGGGGAUUAGUCUUAACCUUCAGCAGGCCCAGGCUCCAGUCAUCACUCUCUCUCCUCAAUUGGCCCAGGUAUUGCGUGCUGUCCUCACUCCUGAGCAGGUUCAGGCAUUGUUGCCCCCUCUUCCUUCUGGUCAGACUCAGUCUUUGCAGGGCCUUCUUCCUCCAGAACAAGUGCAGGAAUCUGUUACUCCAGAGAAAACCCACAGUUUAGGCAUCACACUUACCCAUGGAGAAGCUCAGGCAGUAGGCAUCGCCCACACCAAUGAGCUAGCACAGACUUUAGAAGCCCCUCUUACUGAAGAACAGGCAAGGAAAUUGGGGGUUUCUAUCACUCCAGAAAAGUUUCAAGGGGUAUCAAAUAUUAUUAGCCUGGAGCAGUUCCUUGCAUUGAGGGCCACUCCCUCCCAUCAGCUGGCUCAGGCACUUGGCACUCCUCUCAACCUGGAGAAGCUUGCCAAGCUGGCUCCUUCCACUCUUAGACCAUUUCAUGAAUUGAAGGCUUCUUUCCCCAUGAAACAAUCCAUUCCAUCAAGACUAUCUCCAAGCCCUUGGCAGUCACUGACAUCAUCUGCUCCUGGGAAAGGCCAAGGAAUGCAUAUUCCUUCUGGCCCAGGGAAGCUCCUGGCACCACUGAUCCUUCCUACCUCUAGAAAGAUCCAGAUAGGUAAAGGUCAAUCCAUUCCUGCACAAUCCACAGCACCAGAGAUCCUUCUCACUCCUGGGCAGCCCCCAGUAUCUGGGGUCCCUCCCACUCCAGGGCGACCUCUUAUAUCUAGACUCCCAUCCACCUUUGGACAGAUUCCUAGACUCCGAGAUCCUCUGUCACCUGGGAAGCCCUUGGUUCCUGAAGCCUCUUCCAUCCCCAGGGAGCUUCAGGAAUCUAGACUCGGCUUAUUUGAACAGCCCCAGGCAUUCCAGCCUCCUGCCAAGCCUGAGCCAUCUCCCUAUCUGCAGACCCCUUCUCCCUUUGGGCAGCAACUGGCACCAUGGAUCAUUCCUGGGCAAGUUUUACCACUACGGGUCCCUCCCACUCCUAGACAUCCCUCCACACGCUUGCCUCCCCCAGUUCCUGAAAAGCCUCAGGGAGUUUUAUUCUCUUCUGUUGCUCCGAAAAGAUUGGCAAUUAUUUCUUCCCUGAAAUCUAAACCAGUUUUGGUUCAUCCAAGUUCUCCACAUUCCAAGGUACCUCAAGCUCCUUUCAUCACUAAGAAGUCCCAAAUAUCAGAGUUCUCUGACAUUUCUGAAAAAAGCAAGAUUCUCCAAGAUACUUCUGCCAUGGAACCAUUUGAAACAUUUCAGUCCUAUCUCACCAAUUACAGGAUGCCAGUAUCGCAAUCCCCUUACAUUGAUGGGCAGGCCCUUCCCCGUCUCAUGAAGCCUCAAACAUCACUACCAUCUCUAAUAACUCAUCUACCCAAAAUAUCACAGAUCUUACCUUCUGAAUGGGACCAGAAAUCUCGAUUCCCCCCUAUAAACAAGCCCUGGAUACUGACUUCAGUUUUAGGCAUCAAGAAACCAAAGAUGGCAGUGCCCCCUUCCUCUCCCCAAGAACUUGAGGAAAAGAGGUAUACUGUUGAUGUGGAGGCUCAGAGGAAGAACCUGAUACUAUUAAAUCAGGCCACAAAAACUUCUGGACUCCCUUUGCAGCAACAUACAACAGCUAGGAAUCUCAUAAUUGAGACACUUCACAUGAACAAUAUUCGGUUGGGAUACCUGUUCCGCAAGUACAUUGCCUAUAGGCUGAUCCAGCGUGCCAGACAAAACAUAAUCAAGCAAUUAAAAACUAUCCGAAACAAUGGGAAAGGUUAUGAGAUGCAAAACCUCUACAUCAUGCUGAGCAGAAUUGAUGACUACCAGAAAAAGGUGAUGAAGGUCUGGACUGAGAAGCAGAAGUCUCUAGAGGAGAAACGAAGUCAGUGCCUGAGGAACAUGAUGUUCUUAUUUAGCCAGCUCCAAGAGAAGUUUAAACUGAAUCUUAGUCUACCUACCCCCUUGAUCAUUGACAAAAAUCAAAUACCUACAUGUACCGAAUUUUUUCAACGGCCAUUGCUAGAGUUAUCUGAAGAGGAAAAAAAAUCUGAAAUUUUCAAGAAAUUUAGACGAGAAGAUCAGAAGGAAGCCAUCUGGCAUGCUAAUCUGUCCACAUCAAGCUACCCAAUAACAGAGAAGACAUCAAUACAUUCACUCUGGGCCCAAUUGGGUGGGUAUCCAGAUAUUCCUAGACUGCUCCAGUUAGAUAUUCAGUCUACCUUCAGAAAAUCUCUUGCAUCCAUUCAAUCACAGUAA